AUGACCCGUUACGCUUCUCGCUCCCGUUCGCCAUCGCCCCACGCCAAGCGCCGCCGUGACGACAGAUAUGAUCCCAGAGACCGGAGAGAUUACAGGGACCGCCGUGGCGACAGGCCCGCUGGAAGAAGGCGCGAUGGCUAUUACGAUUCGUGGGAUAGGGGCCGUGAUAGAGAUGAUAGAGAUAGGGACAGAGAUAGGGCGAGAGAUAGGUCACGAGGAGGAGACAGAGACAGGGACAGAGAUAGGGAUAGAGAUAGGGACAGGGACAGAGACAGAGAUAGGGAUCGGGAUAGGGAUAGAGACCGAAGGCGCUCGCGAUCUAGGGAUAGGCCUAGACGUGCGGAAAAGGAUAGGGAAAGAGAUCGGGAUAGUCGACGGGACCGGGAGGAUGAUCGCAGGGGGGAUUCACGAGUAAAAGAGGCUACUCCCCCGCCUCCUGCGGUAACCGAGGAGGAAAAGAUACGGCAGCGUCAGGAGCGCCUGGAAGCGUGGAAGCGCAAACGAGCCGAGGAGGAGGAGGCGAAAAAGAAAGCUUCUCCUGCUGCACUGAUAUCAUCAUUGGAGAGGCAGCCUGUUCCUGGAGCGGUGUCCCCUAUUGUUGGUUCAAAGGCCGCGGUGGAGCAGGCUCCAAAGUCUGUUGUUGGAAUUGUACCUCCAUCCACCCAUCAAACCGCCUUUGGUCUCUACGAAUGGCUCGGUAUUGCCUACGAAUCGACUGGUAUCUGCGUUUGGGUUUGAAGGCACAAAGAAGCCUGUCGCCGUAGGAGGAAAGAGAAAUCUUGAUUUUGGUGAGGAAGAGUCUUCCCGGAAGAAGCUUGAGCGUUUGCCCUCACCACUUCCCAAUCAGCCUGGACAGGAUGGUGUCCAAGAAGACAUUGACGACGAUACCGAAAUGCAGGACGCUACCGAAGAAGAAACCGCCGCUGCUGCCAGGGCAGCCGCUGCACAGCGGAGCGAGCGCAAAGAGGCCGAGAGAGUCCAACAGGAGGCUAUGGAGCUCGACAAACAGAAGGCGAUGGAGGAGGACGAGGAGGCUGACCCCC